GUUAGCAAGUGAGACCGAGGAAGUAGAGUGCUUCUAUUUUACUGGAUCUGUAUUCAUUUGUUGGCAAAAAGCAAAAAAGGAAAAUGAAGAUUGUCUCCAAAUUGCUCUCAUUGCUCAUGUAUUUACUCGUGUAUGAUGUGUCUGAUGUUGACACAUACACAGUGUUCGUGAUGGAGGGAGAUUCAGUCACUAUAGAAUGUUUUAUGCCAAUAACCCAAGAAGAUCGGGUUACCUGGAGAAUUAAUGGCAAUCUUACAGUUGAACACAAAGAAUAUUCCUGGGACAGAUAUAUCUGUACAGACGUUCGGUGUACAGACCGUGAAAAUGGACUGACAGACAGACUAAAAGUUAAUCAAGAUGGAUCUCUGACCAUCACAAAUGUCACAGUCACAGACUCUGGAGAUUACUGGUUAUCGAUCAGCAGCACAAAUGGCGGCGGUGCAGGGUUAUACACUGUUGUUGUUUGUGGUGUUUCUGCUGCUGUACAAGAUGAAAUCAAGAUAAGGUCAGUGAUGGUGGGAGAAUCUUUUACUUUAGCCCCUCGUGUAACAGAAAAAACAAAUAAUUUGAUAACAUGGUAUUUCAAUGAUACUCUCAUUGCUGAAAUCACUGGAGAUCAGAGUGAGAUUGUUACAAAUUACUAUUAUUGGAGAGUCAGAGACAGACUGAAGUUGGAUUAUCAGACUGGAUCUCUGACCAUCACAAACAGCAGAACCACAGACUCUGGAGAUUAUAAACUAGAGAUCAGCAGCAGCGUAUUCAUCAUCAUCAGGAGUUUCAGUGUUACUGUCACUGGUUUUUUCGGUGUUGGAAUAAAUGGCAAGUCAGCGUUUGUGAUGGAGGGAGAUUCAGUCACUCUGAAAAAUGAUGUUACAACAAACCAACAACACAGAAGUAAUUGGUAUUUUCAGUACAGUACUGGUACUUAUCAGAUCAGCAGUGAAAAGACCUUCAGUGAUACUGUACAUGAAGAUUAUCAUCAGGUCAUCAGUGAAAAGAUCUUCAGUGUUACAGUACAUGAUGUUUCUGUUGCUGAACGAGACCAAAUGAAGAGCAAGUCUCUGAAACAUGGAGAAUCUGUUACUUUAGAUCCUGGUGUAAUAACAAACCCAAAUGAUGUAAUGACAUGGUAUUUUAAUGACACUCUCAUUGCUGAAAUCACUGGAGAUCAGAGUAAGAUUGUUACAAAUCACUCUUAUUGGAGAGUCAGAGACAGACUGAAGCUUAUCAAGGAUUAUCAGACUGGAUCUCUGACCAUCACAAACAGCAGAAUCACAGACUCUGGAGAUUAUCAACUACAGAUCAGCAGCAGCAGAUUCAACAUCAUCAGGAGUUUCAGUGUUACUGUCACUGUUUUUCUUGGUGUUAGUGCAGAUGGAGGGUCAGUGUCUGUGAUGGAAGGAGAUUCUGUCACUCUACACACUGGUGUUGAAACAAACCAACGAGAUGUAGUAAGAUGGUAUUUUAAUGACUUCCUCAUCGCUCAAAUUACUGGAUACCGGAAAAAGAUCUGUACAGGUGUUCAGUGUCAACAUCAGAAUAAUUGGAGAUUAGAAGACAGACUGACGCUGGAUCAUCAGACUGGAUCUCUAACCAUCACAAACAUCAGAACCACAGACUCUGGAGUUUAUGAACUAAAGAUUGUCAGCCGAACAAGAAUAAUCAGUGAAAAUAGCUUCAAUGUUACUGUACAUGAUGUUCCUGUUGCUGAACGAGACCAAAUGAAGAGCAAGUCUCUGAGACAUGGAGAAUCUGUUACUUUAGAUCCUGGUGUAAUAACAAACCCAAAUGAUGUAAUGACAUGGCAUUUUAAUGACACUCUCUUUGCUGAAAUCACUGGAGAUCAGAGUAACAUUAUUACAAAUCACUCUUAUUGGAGAGUCAGAGACGGACUGAAGCUGGAUCAUCAUACUGGAUCUCUGACCAUCACAAACAGCAGAAUCACGGACUCUGGAGAUUAUCAACUACAGAUCAGCAGCAGCAGAUUCAACAUCAUCAGAAGUUUCAGUGUUACUGUCACUGUUUUUCUUGGUGUUAGUGCAGAUGGAGAGUCAGUGUCUGUGAUGGAAGGAGAUUCUGUCACUCUACACACUGGUGUUGAAACAAACCAACGAGAUGUAGUAAGAUGGUAUUUUAAUGACUUCCUCAUCGCUCAAAUUACUGGAUACCGGAGAAAGAUCUGUACAGGUGUUCGGUGUCAUUAUCAGGAUAAUGAGAGAGUCGAAGACAGACUGACAAUGGAUCAUCAGACUGGUUCUCUGACCAUCACAAACAUCAGAACCACAGACUCUGGAGUUUAUAAACUAAGGAUUUUCAGCCAAACAAGAAGAACCAGUGCAAACAGCUUCAAUGUUACUGUACAUGAUGUUCCUGCUGCUGAACGAGACCAAAUGAAGAGCAAGUCUCUGAGACAUGGACAAUCUGUUACUUUAGAUCCUGGUGUAAUAACAAACCCAAAUGAUGUAAUAACAUGGCAUUUUAAUGACACUCUCAUUGCUGAAAUCACUGGAGAUCAGAGUAAGAUUGUUACAACUCACUCUUAUUGGAGAGUCAGAGACAGACUGAAGCUGGAUCAUCAGACUGGAUCUCUGACCAUCACAAACAGCAGAACCACAGACUCUGGACUUUAUAAACUACAGAUCAGCGGCAGCAAAUUCAGAAGCAGAAGCAGAAACAGAAACAGAAGAAACAGAAUCAUCAGCAGAAUCAGCAUCAUAAAGAGCUUUAGUGUUAGUGUAAGAGUUUAAGUAGAGUUUUCACAGAGUUGUAUAACUACAGAGUUAAUAUUAAAUAAAUGAACGCUGAUGUUAUAUUUGAACAUUCAAUGUUAAUUCAGCAGUGUCCAGAGAGAGAACGGAAUAAAGGAAUAAAGCGUUAAGAAAAGCUCGUCCAUGUCUAAGGGGUUUUAUUUUAUUAAUCUUCUGACUUUCUCAGUAUUAACACUUUAACGUGUACAAUCACACUGGUGUGAUCAUUCUUGGUUGGUCCGUGAAGCGUACAAUCACACUGGUGCUUACUAUGCUCUUCUCCUAGCUCACCAGAGACUUACUUUAAUGUUUUUUCGGGAGGAGCGGUUGAAUUUGCAGGCUGUAAAUCCCACAGCUCGGGUUCAGUGCGAACUAAAAUGGCGCCCAUCACCCGGCAUUGAUCAACUAACAUGCUCAUUAUAAAAGUGUUUAAACUUCCAAAUACAUUUAUUUGCACAUAUUUCAGAAUCAGAAUAUCAGAUACUUCAUAAUAUAGUGAGCAUGUUUAUGAAUAUUAAUAAUAAAAAAGGAAAAAAUGAAAUAAAGGUCGCCUAAAAAAAAACAUCAUGGGGGAUCAGCUAGAAUAUUAUAAACUCACAUAUAAAAGGGUUAAAGCCCGAAAGCACCCACAAGCAAGUAUUACACUGGUGGCAGCGGUGUUUCUUUUUAUAUACGCGCUCAGUGUGUACAGAGGAGUGUGCUGUGGAUAAUCUUCAGUGAUGUUGGAUGAGGAAGCACAAGCAUUGCGGGAGUAAUGCUCAUGCCUUGCUGCCGCGCCAUGGUCAAACGACUCCAAAAGACAUUCCAUUACCACUGCCAUUUUGCAACAAUGGCAGUGAGUCAUUUCAGCUGUGGACUUCUUGUUAUGAGGUAAUACAAGAGGCUGGAUAUAAAGGGGGUGUUAGUCUGAAUGCCGUGUUAGCCAUGCCAUGAGAGGGGAGUGAAAACUUUCGAAGACGCCUUCCAAGUCGCUACCCAAGCUGAACGGCCAGCCAGGCAGCUAGAUUGGUACAGCCAGUUUUGUCUGCUGUAAGAGAUUAUUCCACAGCGCAGACAAUGAUAUUAUCAAUUCUUCUUUCAAUUUCAAUAACACAGUCAAAGAGUUAAGGAAGGAUGUUUCAGCAUUGAAACUGCAGCUGCAUGAUCAACAAGGGCGAUCUCAUCGAACUCCAUCACCACAUCGCUGCAGCUCAACACAAUAUGACAUGCCUGGAAGUGCUGACUUUGGCACUACGAGGAUGGCAGACGAGGACAAUGGAAUGACACUACAUCGUACAGCAGCCCUUCAUUUCAGUGAUGGAGUCCAAUCCCUCAUCAGAAGCAUGUCACUUUUGAGAACUACAGAGACCAUCAUCAGAGACCUCAGGAGCCCAGCAUGGAUCUUCAGAGUGGUCCACUGGGCAUUUACUGAGAUCACCACAAAAAUCAUCAGGGAAACUUCCACUAGCUGAUGAGGCGGGGCACACAUCAGCUGUUUCACCACCAGCCCCAGUUGACACCGUAUGGAUGACAACCGCAGACACCAACCUUCCAGAUAAUAAACACUGUCCUGUUACAGACCUGACGGACACUUGUACAACACACAUCAGUGGCAUUGUUGAAGGUAUUAACAUGCACAUCAUGAUAGACACUGGUUCUAGCAUUUCAUUCAUUAAUGAAACUAGCCGUAUGGCAAUUUCUAUUUGUGUAAAAGACUAGGUACGUUGAUGUUACAACAUGACAUGCAUUGUCAUUAGGAAUGUGAAUCAAGGUAUCAUACUUGGUUGGGUCUUUCUCCAGCACUGUGCUGCAUCUAUGAUCAGACUUUACCAUUGCUCAACAUAUCUCAACUUGCCGCUGUACAUUGCACAGCUCAAAUUACUGUGGCCAUCACCAUUCCUCCACAAUGUGAGAUGCACUGUACAGCCAAAUUCGUCCCAUCUAUGGUUAAUUCAUGUUUAGCAGAUGGGUGGGUUAUUUGAACCAUAUCCGUCUAAGCUGGAUGGCAUUGCAGUUGUACUCAUUGUAGCUGAAAAUGCUCAGAUGGUAGUGCGCGUCAUGAAUCAUGAGGCAGACAAACCAAAAACAGCUUUCACCGCUGGUUCGUUCUUUAUAUCAGUUUACAGUGAUGUCAAUGGGCCUUGUCAAUGCUCUGCCUACUUUUCAAGAUUUAAUGCAGCAAGUGUUGCAUGGUCUGUCCUGGGAAACCUGUCUUGUAUAUUUAGACAAUAUUAUCAUCUACAGCAAGAGUUUUGCUGAGCACAUUCAACACCUGAGAGAAGAUUUUCAGCAAUUGAGAGCAGCGAACCUGAAGCUAAAACCAUCUAAAUGCAACAGCACGUGACAUUUCUGGGCCAUUUCUAAUUGUAUCAGUGGCUGGUCUUCAGCCUAAUGAGAAAAACAUGCAGAAGUUUAAAGAAUGGCCUACACCCGAAAAUCCUAUGGAAGUUAGAGCUUUCUUGUGCCUGUGCUCAAACUACAGGCGUUUCAUUCGUUGCUUUGCUCAAAUGUCCUAGCCACUACAUGCUCUAACUCAAAAGGGGAAGCUGUUUGCAUAGACUAGUGUAGAGCAAGAAGCUUUCAAUUCUUUGCGACAUGCACUUACUACUGCUCCAAUUCUUUCCCACCCAAACUUUUCAAGAGAGUUUUUCCUCUUUACUGAUACUUCCAACACAGCUAUUGGAUGUGUUUUGUCCCAGAUUAAUGUUGCUGGCAAAGAAAGUGUCAUUGCUUAUAGCAUUCACAGUCUGAUGCCUGCUGAAAAACAACGGUCAAAAUAUGACAUGGAGUUGUGGGCCAUUGUUUGGUCCGUUCGUCAUUUCCGUCAGUAUCUCAUGGGUAAUUAUUUUCGGAUUAUCACCGAUCAGAAGCCCUUGCUUAAUCUAAAACAAAUGGUUUUGGAUGGAGAUCCAACAGGUUGCAGAGCAAGGCUCUGGAGAUUGAUCUAUAUGAUUGGAUUAUUGAGUACCGACAUGGUCACAAACAUGUCAAUGCUGAUGCCAUGUCUCGUCGACCUAAAAGGAACGACAGUAUUCCAGAUGAAAUCAAGCCUGUCAAUUUUGUUUCUUCUUUAACGCAGACUGAGUUAAAUUGCCUCCUACUUCUGUACAACCUUUUUUUGGUGCAGAUUCUGGGUUUGAGCAAUCAAAUGUUGUUGUCUCUACCUUUUCCACCGUUACUUCCCUGAGUAUGGAUAGUGGAGAUAUACUGAAAGCUCAGAAAGCUGACCCUGUUUUGAGCACAGUCCCCAAAUGGGUGUUAAGUAAGAAGAGACCUCCAUAUGCAAAGCUCAAAGGUAUCUCUAAAGUGCUUUGCCAUUUCUGGAAAGAAUUCCCAAGGCUUAUCUUUGUAGACUGUUCUUUGCCGAAGAGUCAGACCUCCACCGGGUGAACAGAUUCUGCAGGUUGUAGUUCCAACUUUCUCAGUAUUAAAGCCCUGAAAGCAGCCACAAACAAGUAUUACACUAAUGUCAAUGGCUACUUUUACAGGCACCCAAAUAAUCAAUUUGUAAUUGGAUUGAUGGUUCAAUCUGACAGAAAAACAUUCAUGUAAACACCUUAAUCGAUCCGAAUUAAAUUCCGAUCAGAUUGAAGGACGUGUUUUUUUCCUUUUCUAAUACAAUUAAGAAUGCAUGUAAAUGCUUAAUUGGAUUGAAAACCGAAACUGGAAGGGCUGCGCAUGUGCAAUGACGCAAAAACGGUGUAAUUAUGUAUGACGCACAGAACGAGCAGUUCUGCGUAAAUUGUUGAAUGCGUGUAUUGUCAUUAUAAAACACUCCUUGCACUUGGCAACUGUAAAGUGGAGCAGGACAACCUCCCACCAGUCUUUGUUUUGGAUUCUCAUCCACAGGCAACCCGUUUUGGGCACGGAGGGGCAUUUUUACUGGUAAUAUUCAUCUGAAAUAGUCAGAAUAUAAAAACGUAUUAUAGGUGUACCAUCGUGAAUAUGGCGAAUAAGCCCUACCUUCUAAAUGCAAGAGCCAGUCGUUGAUUAGUAAAGUCAUCGUGUCACUGUAGCUGCUGUUAGAAGUUUGCAAACUCACGUUCAUGACUGUGCAUAUGCAUUCAAAACCACGCUUAUUUUUAAAGGUUCAUGAAACCCUGGACUACUUUUUCUGAGAUUUUGGCAGAGGUGUUUGUGUUGCACAUCACAGAUGACAAUGUUUGCAUCCGUUAAUUUUAAUUGUUGGAGAAAACUGGUUAAUUUUGAGCAUAUUUGUGCUAUUUUCAUCAUACGGGUUUAAAAUCUAAAAUGUGCUAAUGUCACAGUUUGUGUAAUGGCAAAAGACUAUAGUACUUUAUUAGUGUCUCAUAAUUAUUCAUGAGGCUGUGUUUUCUUAUCCUAUGAGAAGACGUUUCGCCUAAUUAUUCACAACAGCGUGUGUUGAUUUGCUUCAGGCUGUGAGAUUGCGUACAUUUAAAGAAGUCCACUUCCAGAACAACAAUUUACAAAUAAUUUACUCACCCCCUUGUCAUCCAAGAUGUUCAUGUCUUUCUGUCAUCAGUCUUAAAGAAAUUAUGUUUUUUGAGGAAAACAUUUCUGCAUUUUUCUCCAUGUAAUGGACUGAUAUGGUGCCCCGAUUUUGAAAUUCCAAAAUGCAGUUUAAAUGUGGCUUCAAACAAUCCCACAUGCGGUUGUAAACAAUCCCAGCCGAGGAAGAAGGGUCUUAUCUAGCGAAACAAUCGGUUAUUUUCUUUUUAAAAAAUUACAAUUUAAAUACUUUUUAAUCUCAAACUCUUGUCUUGUCUUUCUCUCCCUGAACUCUGUGUAUUCUGGCUCAAGACAGUUAGGUAUGUUGAAAAACUCCAAUCAUAUUUUGUCCCUCAACUUCAAAAAUCAUUUUAAAAUUGUCCUACAUCGCUGCAGAAGUACCAACACAGUCUUUGCAAAGUGAACAUGCAAAGAAGAUUAACAAAAAAGGUAAAACAGCGAUAUAGGACGAUUUUGAAGUUGAGGGAGAACAUGAGAUGGGAGUUUUUCGACAUAACCUAACUGUCAUGAACA